UGCGAUAAAUGAUGCGAUAAAUAUAUCACUGGCUGUAAGUCAAGUGAAGUUUGGUUUUCGAAGCGAAAAGCGUCCAAUAUGAGCGAGAAAAAAGUACGGACGGGAAAAAUAACAAAACAACAAAAAUCCAAACUGUUGGAACUAAUGAGGGCUAACACCCGUGUAGCCAGUGGCCAAUUUGUGGGCGUCAGUGGCGCAAAAAAUUCCCAACAAGUGUGGGACACGGUGAGGGGGGAGCUAAAUGCAUGCGGGGGUGCAUGCAAGACCGCUGAACAGUGGAAGAAGUGUUGGUCGGACUGGAAGGUUGCAGUGAAGAAGCAACAAAGUGCCUACAACAGAUUCAAAAAUUUGACCGCCUUUGGUACAAAAGUUAUUCGUAUACCAUCCUUCAUAUACGGACUUAUUUCACCAAGAAGUUCCAGCGCAGACUCCUUAUUCAAUCUAAAUAACUCAAUGAAACGCGCUUCUGGCAAAUAA